AUGAACGAAACAACAAAAUACGAGAUUUUACAAAAAUUCGCAAAUGGCGUACUGGACUUUUGGGAUGAUCUCUUUGAUGUAAGUCGUGUCCUUUUAAAAUUACUUUACUUUUUUUACUAGAUCAGUUUAAAUUUAGGUAACAAAUAGGACUAAAUCAUAUUUUUAAGCUCAAAGAUCAUUAAAAUUUUGGUCAAUAUGACCUUUUACACAUAAAUUUAUAUCUUUUAUUGAUUUUUGAACAAUUUCAAAGAAUUUGUGAAGUGGGAGUUGAGUGGAAGAUUUUCAGUGCAAAAUACACUAAAAAUUUUCCACCAAACGUCCAUUUUUAAAAAGUCUUAAAAUUACCUAAAAAUGCAUUUUUGACACUUUUGGAAAUGGAAGUUUAGUGGAAGAUUUUCAGUACAAAAUACAUUGCAAAUCUUCCACUCAUCUUACACUUUUUAAAACCUGCCAAAAAGGUUUUUUACUACAAAUUGCCAUUUUCAGUACAUAAUCUACCCCUUUCUACCCCUACUAAUCGCAUUUGUUCUACCGGCUGCCAUUCUGGUGUUCAUGUAUGGCUGCGUCAUCUUCAUGCACGCUUAUGGUUUUCGAAAACAGAUCCGCGAAGCCUAUUCGAGCAGUGUUUGGGAUGGGGUCCGGACUUCGAUCGCUUCGUUUUGGGACGGGUUUGCUUGUGCUUGGCAUGGUAAGUUACUAUGGGUAAUAUAGAGGUAUAUAUAUAGUAUUUAUUACUUCAUAGUACGUACUAUAAAACAUGCUUUGGGAUACCUAAAAAGCCUUUUUUAUCAAUGUUUAUUCAGAAAGAAAGGUUCAAAGCAAAUUUUGGGCCAUUUAAAGGAGUGGAAGCUCAGUGGAAGAUUUGUAAUGCAUUUUGCACUGAAAAUCUUCCACUCAACUUCCACUUUUAAAAAGUCUUAUAAUGGCCUAAAAACACGUUUUAAGAAUUUUUAGACGCGGAAGUUGGGCGGAAGCUUUUCAGUGCAAAUUACAUUACAAAUCUUCCAUCGAACUUUCAUCUCUAAAAAGGGUCAAAAACUCAUUUUUAGGCGAUUUCAAGACUUUUUGAAAAUGGAAGUUUGGUGGAAGAUUUUUAUCACAAAAUGCAUUAAAAAUCUUCCACUUAACUUCCACUUUUCUGAAAGGUCUAAAAUUCGACUUCCAUUUUAAAAUAUGGUUAAAAUGGACUAUUUUUUGUAAAAUACGAGUGGUCCAUCUACCAUCUUUUAGGCUACGAAGUGAAAGGGAUCGAAAACGUGCCGGAUCAGGGCCCAGCCUUAUUUAUAACAUUUCAUGGAACUCUACCUCUAGAUAUCUAUUACCUCAUUGCCAAUGUCAUUUUAUACAAAAAUAGGACGAUUCAUUGUGUUGCGGACAAGUUUGUCUUCAAGGUGCCCGGUAAGUACUGGCUUUUUUAAUUUGUAUUAGAUUGUUUAAAUAGUAAUGAGCUACUGAACUCUAUAUUGCUACGAGAGACCUAGCUCAUUACAUUUAUACAACUUAAUAUCAUUUGACUUAUAGGCUUAGCCUUAGGCUAAUUAAGCUUAGGCUUAGGCUUAGUAGGAUUAGGCUUAGUAGGCUUAGGCUUAGUAGGCUUAGGCUUAGUAGCAUUAGGCUUAGUAGGCUUAGGUUAGUAGGCUUAGGCUUAAUAGGCUUAGGCUUAGUAGGCUGUGGCUUAGGCUUAGUAGGCUUAGGCUUAGUAGGCUUAGGCUUAGUAGGCUUAGGCUUAGUAGGCUUAGGCUUAAUAGGCUUAGGCUUAGUAGGCUUAGGCUUGGUAGGCUUAGAUCUUGUCCUAUUCCCCAGUUUAUUAACUGAUCUCUCGUAGUUAUAUAGAGUAAAACCCAACACUCGCAGUAAGUUGUUGGGUCGUUUUACAUCGAGGCAAGUAUUAUAUAAAGUCAUAAAAUUACAUAAUAAAACGUUACGUAAUAUCAUUUCUUACAAUUUCUCUAAGGCUUUAUUGUUUUACCAUAAGUUAUGUAAGUUGCGGCAAUAAUUUUGUUUUUUAAUUUUCACAAUGCUACUUUCAGGGUGGGGCGCAAUUGUAAAACUGUUCUGUGCCACGCCCGGCACGGUGGAGGAUUGUAUAGCCAACUUGAAGAACGGUCAUUUAAUGAUCAUCGCCCCGGGCGGAGUACGCGAGGCUCUCUACUGUGAUCCGGCCAAGUAUAAUGUAAUGUGGGGAAAGCGAAUGGGUUUUGCCAAAGUGGCGUUGGGGGCUAAUGUGGUAGGUAUUAUCUUAUAAAUGGCAUUUUUAAAUUUUUUUGUGUAAAAAUUUUUUUACUGAAAGAAAGUUCUUGCGGCAAUUAAAAACAGUAAUCUAUAAAGGUAAAAUACGGGGUAACGUUUUCGUAGAACCAUAACCUGCUUUAAAUCAUGUUUUCGAGCAAUUAAAAAAAGUGGAAGCUGAGUGGAAGAUUUGUAAUGUAAUUUGCACUAAAAAUCUUCCACUUAACUUCCAUUUUUAAAAUAUCUUAAAAUGGGCUAAAAAUGAUUUUUUGACACUUUUUAGAAGUGGAAGUUUAGUGUAAGAAUUUUAGUGCAAAAUAAAUUACAAAUCUUCCACUCAACUUCCACUUUUUUAAAAUUGACAUAACUUUGCUUACAAACUAUAACUUUAUGUUAAUUUUGGUUUUUACAUCAAAAAUGGUCUGUACUUUAAUUUAACUUUAAAAAAUGGCAAAAACUUUCUUUACAAAACAAAAAAUGACAAAAACUUUGUUUACAGUCCCUUCAAAUCAAGUAUUUUCAGCCUAUCAUUCCCGUAUUCACCACGAAUUGUCACGAGUACAUCAGGACACCAGGCUGGGCUCGAUGGCUAACCAGAACGUUAUACGAAAGGACUAGGCUACCGCUAUGUCCGAUUUAUGGGGGAUUCCCUGUGAAAAUGGUCUGCCAUUUGGGAGAACCAAUGUAUUUUGACCCAAAUACCUCACCAGAAGAUGUUAGAGAUAAGGUCAAACUGAAGGUAGGUUGACGUCUUCAUAGCUUUUUAGUUGGAGUGGGUUUUGGAGUCCAUUCGGAAAGUGGAAGACGAGUGGAAGAUUUGCAAUGUAUUUUGCACUGACCACUUCUAAAAAUGUUCAAAAUCUUGUUUUUAAGCCAUUUUAAGAAAUUUUAAAAGUGGAAGUUGAGUGAAAGAUUUUUAGUGCAAAAUACAUUACAAAUCUUCCACCAAACUUCCACUUUUUUAAAUCGUAAGCUUUGGGGUUUGUAUUGAAUAUUAUGGCUUAAAAUGGUUUUCAAAUGCCUUUUCAAACCUAGAAUCGCUUAAAAAACGCCAUUUUCAGAUCGAAUCCAUGAUUCAGCAACACCAAAAGUUGCCGGGCAACAUAAUUCGCGGAAUUCGGCAACGUUUCGCUCAAACAGCGUGGUGUUGCUACGGUUGUCAGAAGCGGAAUCGCAAGUCCACAACUGCAUCGGAUGCGGAGGUCGGUCAUCGUGAGGCUCAUGAGCCGUUACGACCUGAGGAGAACGGGGUGGCUAGUCUGGCUCGGAUCGAAGAGACUGAACUGGAUGAUGGGAUCGACCGGUCGAGGAACGGAAACUUGGACAAGAACGAUGAAAAUGGGCGUGGGAAUGCGAAUGGUACUACUGGUACCGUUGGUGGCGCUAUUGGUACAGUUGGUGGUACUAAUGCUGCCACUGGUACUGAUAGUACUACAAAUGACCAAAGUAGUCCACAAAAUCCAUCUACCGCCAAAAAUCAGCCUGAUGCUCCUACUGGUACUACUCAUACAGCUUCAGAAAAUCUUGAUCAAGACGAACAUCAGAAAGUCGCCCCCAAUACCUGGACCAGCAAACCGACCGAUCAACCUGAAAAUCAGUCAAUCCUCAGCCAGACUACUCAAGCUUCUCUAGACCACAAAUUUAGUCCAGUCCACUCACCAGAAAUGGGCAGUAAUUGCGCUGUAAAAAGCUUGAAUAUUGAGGAUGAUAAGGCUUCUGAGAAAUCAAUUAGAAGUGGGACUAAAUCGACCGAUAAUGACGCUAAUUUGGACUUAAAAGAUGGAGAAAAGAAUGGAGAAGAUAAUGCAGAAGUAGAUAGCAACAAAGCUGUUAAGAAUUUAGAGUUACAGAGCUUGGAAGAAGAUGAGGUACCAAAAAAUGAGGGAAAAUCGAGAGGUAAUGAGGAGAAAUCGGCUGGUACCCUCCUAAAAUCGACUGAAAACAUGGAUAACUUCGACUCAAAAGAUAGAGCAAAGUCUGUAGAAGAUAAUACGGAAGUGGACAGUAACAAAGCUGUUAAGAAUUUGGAGUUACAGAGCUUGGAAGAAGAUGAGGUAACGAAAAAUGAAGGAAAAUCGACUGAAAAGGAUGCUAAAUAG